ACACGGAUUAGAGUUGUCUCCCUUACACCACUCUCUUGGUUAUGAAAACAUGUUGCCUUAGCAGUCGAAUGUUUGUAAAUAAGCUUUGACCGUUCUGACAUCACUAUUUUGGAGUUAGUUUAUCACAACGUUCUCAUCCCACAAGAUACAGCUAUGAGUUACUACGGCGGUGCAUACCAGCAGCAUCCGUAUAGCGGCCAACAGCCACAGCCGUACAGGCAGCAAUAUCAACAACAGCAAGCAUACCAACAGCCAGCCUACAACCAACAGCACCUGCAGAAUUACCAACAGCAAUGGCAGCAGAGUCAACACUACGGGCAGUACGGCAACUAUUACCAACAGAAUGUCUUCUCCGUUCAGGCACACCAGGCUUUCCAGUUCAACAGUGUAGAUGAACUCCGCCAUGUUUUCAUGUCUGAGAUGUCCAAGAAUCCUGAAAACCAGGGAAGAAAUGCAAUUCAAGCUGAGGACUUGGUGAAUAUUCUCAACAACACACCGACUAUAAGGAAUUAUUUCAGAGUCAAUUGGAGUCGAGAAUUAUGCAGCAUAAUGAUCGCCAUGUUGGAUAGAUCACAGGAUGGCUUCAUGCAGUGGGAAGAGUUCCUGGAGCUUCAGCAGUGCCUUGUGGCCUGGUAUAGUGUCUUCUGUCAGCAUGAUGCUGACCGCUCGGGCUUCAUGGAGUCCGGCGAGCUGGUCAGGGUCAUCACUGGUCUGUUUGGCUAUCAGAUUUCACAAGAGGCUCUCACAACAAUAUUAAAGAGAUACUCAAGAGUUGUCCCCCCUGGGCGCUGUCUGGUGGCAUUUGAUGAUUUUGUGUCUGUCUCAGUGAGACUACGGGCAUAUACUGAUGCCUUCAGGAAGAGGGAUGCCCUGACCAAUGGAGGGGAGACCGGAAGGAGCAUGUUUGGCUAUGAUGAUUUCCUGAGAUGUGUGAUGUGUCUUUGAUAUUCUCCAACCUUCCUACUGAGGCCAUCAUAUAUCAUCCAAUACUCACCAUGGAAACCAAAGAGCCACUUCGUCAAGCAGGCAUUCAUCUUGAGCCAUGUGUGGAAUAAGGCACUCCUACUACCAGGGACUGUUGGAGACCUAUCAUUGACAAUCUCAUCAAAAUCAGAUUUAGUUCUCACUACUGCCAAAGAUCUGAGGUCAUCCCAUUACGGGUCACAUCAGACCAAUCAGAGCCUCACUUACCAGAUCAUGAAAGUGACAGUGGGAAUGUGUUUUCUAAUCAUGCAUCCUUGAGAAGGUUAACACGGGGUAUUCCGAACGUCAGUUACGGGCUGCACUAAUCCCUCUUUGUCUCACUUCAAUGGGUUAACAUUUGAAACAGAAGAAACUUUCAAUACUGUCAUACAAUCUCUUCCAUCUAUUAGACAUUCCAAAAUUUUCUUUGGUUCAGUUUUCACAUUUUAAAUCGAGAACUUAUUCAAAUUAUUUCUCAAGCAUAGUCUGGAAUGGAAGUUGAAACUAGUGUUGUAAAGCUUGAGAAAGCUGCUUUCUGAUUGGCUGAUGUCAACUUCUUGUUCUUCAUUUCUUUGAUUGAUCCAAGUUUGCGAAAGUUCAUUCUGACGUGACCUGUAAUGGGAUGUCCUUAGAUAUUAGUGUAGAGAUCUGAUUUUGAUGAGAUUCUUCGUGAUCAUUUCCUGAUACUGUGAAGGUGGCAACAGUGCACAAUGUAACCCUGAAUCUUCAUGGGUUUCUACUUCAUGAAGUCUGGAAGUGUAAAACUCGAGAAAUUACAAGGAAAUUAUGCAAUAGUUUUGCUUUCUGAAAAAGCUGUAAAAUUGUUAAUUCAGCAUUAAGGAAUAUUCAACGAUUAUUUCUUUCAAAUGUUCCAUAACCAUAUUCUUAAAUGAAAGUUAUGCUGGAAAAUUUGAAUACAUCAAUCAGAGGGUUAUGACAACUGGUCAUGUUAAUUCAUCACUAAUAGAGUAUGACGACUCAUGGUCGUGUCAAUGUAUCCAUAGCAUGGUAUGGGGACAUAUCGCAUCGAUUAAUUGUUAGGAAUGGUAUGACUUGACAUACAUCAAUAAUAGUACAAACAUGAGGAACACAUGUAAUAACCUCUGAAAGGGGUAUGGGUACUUAUGGCAGUGUUACUGUAUCAAUGACAGCGGAUUGCUACUCCAGGUAGUGUCAGUGAUGAUAGGCUACACGUGGUAACACAUGGUAACACAUGGUAACACAUGUGCUGGGAGGUCCUGUUUUCACCAGGUAUGUUGUUUCUGUUUGUUGUUCCACACAACAUCCAUCUUGGUAACCCAGUGGCAUGAAUAAACACCCUGGGGAGUAAUUAUAUCCUUUAGUCACAGGAAAACCCUUGAAUAGGACAAGGAUGGUGUUCUGACAAGAAAAACACUGUUUGAGCUGAAUGGUACUAAUAGACAAAGGUACUUUUAUUGCUUGAUAUUUGUAUAUAAUUUCAGUACUUUUCUUGUUUGUUUUACUUCUGUGAUUGUUUGACUAAAAGGUCUACUGCUGAUCUCACAACUUAAUUCAAAACCAUAGUGUAACAGACAUUCUAAGAGGGAACUGUUUAAAGAAAUUUGUGUGAUUUUCAAAACGAUUUUUAAAGCUUUUAUUCAUGCUGCAGCUACCUGAUUUUAUAAGUGGGAUUUAUUCUAUUCAUGGCAAGUUUUGACAAACUUAUAAAUUAGUAGGACACUGUGACCUUCUUUUAAUAAGUAAAAAACCAUUCAUUUGUCAAUGCAAGUACGGCCUAGAACCAUGAUAAUACAGUCACAUUCCCUCUCAAGGUCAAUACUCUGGACAUACCAUUGUUACAUGACAUGAUGAUAAUUCAACAAGCAUUGUAGAUGGAUGAGACUUUGUAUUUUUCAUCCUUUGGGUGUGAAACGCUGUUAGCACAUGCAAGAGAUAUAAGCUUUUAUACAAGCUAUCUUGGCCUCUAGUCUUUUACUAAAGUGCCUUUUACUCAUGUCAGAUGAAAGCACAAUAACAAAAUGUAUCUGGCUACAACAAUUUUUCCACUGGUUUCAGAAGUAAAACUUUUGACAUGUCCUUCUUCAAUAUCAGACCUGAAUCUGUUGACCUUAUACAGGUCAAGGUCCCAGUGAAGGACAAACUCUUGGAGAAGCUGUUCUGAUACAUUUGGUGUUAUUAUGAUAGCAUUUCAUCGUGUUGUGGACUUGUGUUAUGCACUAGUGAUAUCAUAAGAUUUAUGUUUGUGUAAAUCAUAUCGGCCUACUGGAUAGGAUGCUGGUGUCUUGACUGGGAAUUAGGCAGAGGUGCUUUGCCAUGGAAAAAGACGGGUUCUGUUUUCGCAAAUCCUUCAUACAACACACAGCCUGGACUAUUGAUUCUGGAAGCUUGAAUACUGUCCUGAAAUGAAAUUGUAUGUCCAUGUUUUAACUAAGUUCACACUAUGUAGGUUUGCUGCACGGUAUGUUUUCUAACCUCGAGGACUCCUCUAUAGGGUAGCACACUGGUGUUAGUGAACUACAACUGCACAGUGUAGAUAUCAUGGAUGAUGUUCAUAAAGUGUCCACCUGGUUGCUACAUUUCAUCAAUAAAGAGGUGGGAAUUU